AUUUCCUCACGCAGCUCCUAAUUCAAAUACAAGUGCUUUGUCUUGGACUCUUAUUUCCAUCAGGGCUCUAGCUUCUUCAUUUCUCCUUUUUUCUCUAGCUAAACCGGAGAAACAAGAGAAUGGGGUUACCUUCAUCUCUAAACUCAUGCUUUCUCUUGAUCCUCCUCUGUCUUGUUAACAUUUCCACCAUCAACUCAACGAAACAAGAACCGGUGCUCUUCGGUGGGAAUUUCCCGGCUUUGUAUGUUAUUGGAGAUUCAUUGGUUGAUUCAGGAAACAAUAACAAUCUUGAGACAAGGGUCAAAUCGAAUUUUCCACCUUAUGGUUCUGAUUUUGAAGGUGGCAAAGCCACCGGACGUUUUAGCAAUGGCAAAACAAUCGCUGAUUAUAUUGCUAUUUAUUACGGGCUUCCUUUGGUUCCUGCUUAUAUGGGAUUAUCUGAAGAACAAAAGAACAAUAUCACAACCGGUUUUAACUAUGCUUCUGCUAGCUGUGGGAUUUUUCCCGACACAGGAAAGCGAAUGGGGAAAUGUCUCUCGUUGAGUGUCCAAGUCGAUCUAUUCACCGAGACUGUCGAGAAGAAUCUGAAGAAGAUGUUCACGAACCCAUCAGAUCUUAGUAAACACUUGGCUGAAUCGUUGUUUAUGACCGCGAUUGGGGUUAACGAUUACGCAUUCUUCUUUAAUAAGACAACAAAUCCUAAUGAGUUUGCAACUAAUCUUCUUCAUGACUACUUGAUACAAAUAGAGAGAUUGCACAGUUUAGGAGCAAGAAAGUUCUUCAUCAACAACGUUAAACCAUUAGGAUGUUACCCAAAUGUGAUAGUUAGGUCCGAGCCACGAGGAAGCUGCAACGAGCCUCUAAACCGUGCGGUCGGCCUUUUCAACACUAAGCUUAGAGAAAGCCUGUCUGGUAUGAAGAAAAAACUCAAGGACACAUCCUUUUUAUACUCGGAUUAUUUCAACUUCAUUUUGAAACUAAGAGAACCCUCAAGCAACCAAGUUGGUUCGAGUUUAUUGAACGCGACAAGCCCGUGUUGUCCUGAAGUUUAUGAUGGAGGUUUAACAACAACUUGCAUGCCCGGUUCGGUCGCAUGUAAGGUGCCUGACAGUCAUAUUUUCUUUGAUCCGUUUCAUCCUACUCAACAGGCGAACUCCAAGUACGCGACUGCUUGUUUCCAAGAGAGAAGUAUUUGUCAUGUUGUGUGUGAAUAAUUAAGUCAUUUCACUUUUUAUAAGAUGAUGAUACUCAAUUAUAUACGUUUGAUACUCAAAUGUGAAGAGAAUGUGGAAAACAAUAUGGGCUCAUUUUUA